AUGGAGCCUGUCUUUGCUCUCUUGCAUGUGGUAAUGGCCAUCAUAAAUUUCUCCAGAUCUAAUGAGACUGCUUGUAAUCGGCAAGGAAAGCCUGCAUACCCACAACUGUCAAAAGUUGGUGAUAUUAUAGUUGGAGGAAUUUUCCCCUUCCAUAGCAGUUGGGAGAUCACAGACUUGUCCUAUUUGGUUAAACCACCUCCGCUGAAGUGCAUGAGUCUUGACUUCAGAGCCUUCCAGUAUUCACAAUCAUUGAUCUUUGCAGUAGAGGAGAUCAACAACAGUUCCUCUUUACUGCCUGGUGUCUCACUGGGCUACAAAAUCUACGACACCUGUGGUUCUACAGCAGUGGGGGUUAGAAUGGCCAUGGCACUUAUGAAUGGAAAUGACAACACAGUCUUGGAUGAGCCCUGCACAAAGCCUGCACAAGUACAAGCCAUAAUAGGAGACACAUACUCAUCAGUGUCAAAGGCUGUUGCAACGAGUAUUGGAUCUUUCAGCAUUCCUUUAAUCAGUCACUAUGCCACCUGUGAAUGUCUCAGUGACAAAAGGAAAUAUCCCUCAUUUCUGCGUAUUAUUCCCAGUGAUUACCACCAGAGCAGAGCACUGGCAGAAAUGGUCAGGCACUUUGGCUGGACCUGGGUGGGGGCAAUAAGAAGAGAUGAUGACUAUGGAAACAGUGGGAUGGCUGCAUUUACUGAAGUCGCAGAGCAGUUGGGCAUAUGCUUAGAAUAUUCCCUUCCAUUUUUUAGAACUUACUCACAAAGGAAAGUUCUGAGAAUCAUUGAACAGAUCAAAAGCUCCACUUCUCGAGUGAUAGUGGGGUUUCUUGACAACUUAGAUUUAGAAAUUCUGCUAAGUGUAUUUCUUGAGCACAAUAUAACUGGAUAUCAGUGGGUAGGAACUGAAGCCUGGAUUUUUGAUACAGAACUGGCCACAAUGGAUAAGCACAAGAUGCUGCAAGGAGCCAUAGGACUGGCUAUCCCUAAAACAAAGGUCACAGGUCUGAGGAACUUCAUUCUAAAUAUAAAUCCACUAAAAACUGUGGGCAAGGCCAUUUUUACUGAAUUCUGGGAAGCUCUGUUUAAUUGUAGAUAUACAAAGCAUGAUGAUUCAGAUGAUUUACCAGUGUGUACAGGUGAAGAGAAACUGUCUAAGAUUGAAAACACAUUCACUGACAUGACCCUGAUGCCAAUUUUCAAUAAUGUGUAUAAAGGGGUUUAUGCUAUUGCCCAUGCCCUACAUGCACUUCUGGGCUGCAAAGAAACAUGCUCUACAAAGAUGCAGCCUGAUCCUCUCACAUUUCUAGAACACCUCAAAAGAGCUCAUUUCAAAACUAAAGAGCAUGAAGAGGUUUAUUUUGAUAAAAAUGGUGACUCUGCUGCAAGAUAUGAGAUAGUAAACUGGCAAACGAUUAAAGAAAAGCAAGUAUUUGUCACUGUUGGGCUUUAUGAUUCCACUUUUGCUACUCACGAGCGAUUAUCAGUAAACAUGUCGUCUAUUGUGUGGGCACAAAAUACUAAUCAGGUCCCGAUGUCUGUGUGCAGUGAGAGCUGCCCUCCAGGGACCAGGAAGGCUGUGCAGAAAGGAAAGCCUGUGUGCUGCUUUGACUGUAUACCAUGUGCUGAAGGAGAGAUCAGUAAUACAACAGAUUCUAUUAAAUGUGAACAAUGUUAUCAAGACUACUGGACAAACGCACAGAGGGAUGAAUGUAUAAAGAAAGAAAUUGAAUAUCUGUCCUAUGAGGAAACUAUGGGAUGUUUACUAACAACCUUUUCAAUUACAGGUGCAUUUAUGACAAUAGUAAUAGGAGUCAUAUUCUUUAGAUAUAAAAAUACUCCAAUAGUCAAAGCCAACAACUCAGAGCUGAGCUUCCUGCUGCUCUUCUCGCUGACUCUGUGUUUCCUCUGUUCACUUACUUUCAUUGGUCGGCCCUCUGAGUGGUCCUGUAUGCUGCGUCACACAGCGUUCGGAAUCACCUUUGUCCUCUGCAUCUCCUGUGUUCUGGGGAAAACAAUAGUGGUGUUAAUGGCCUUCAGGGCUACACUUCCAGGCAGUAAUGUCAUGAAAUGGUUUGGGCCUCCACAGCAGAGACUCAGUGUUCUUGCUUUCACUCUCAUACAGGUUAUUAUCUGUAUACUUUGGCUAAUAAUUUCCCCCCCAUUUCCAUUAAAAAAUCUAAAGCGCUACAAGGAUAAGAUUAUUCUAGAAUGCCAUUUAGGCUCAUCUAUAGGUUUUUGGGCUGUGCUGGGUUAUAUAGGACUCCUGGCUCUUUUAUGCUUUGUACUGGCUUUUCUAGCGCGGAAGUUACCUGAUAACUUUAAUGAAGCCAAAUUCAUGACAUUCAGCAUGCUCAUAUUCUGUGCAGUUUGGAUCACCUUUAUUCCAGCUUACAUCAGCUCUCCUGGAAAACUCACUGUAGCUGUGGAGAUAUUUGCCAUUUUAGCCUCAAGCUUUGGCUUGCUAUUCUGUAUCUUUUUUCCAAAGUGUUACAUAAUUAUUCUAAAACCAGAAAAGAAUCAUAAAAAGUUAAUUAUGGGUAAAAUGCCAGUUAAGUAA